CCCGCCACAUUAACCUACCGUUUUUUUUUUUGAGAAGCUGCCGCAACCCCCCGCUCUCGUCAGUCGUCGCCACCACCUGGGCGUUCGAUUGCUAUCACACCCAAUUCUCUCUCCCUAUAUCUCCCUCCUUGCACACACAUAAUCAUCAGAAACCAGCUCUCAGUUUUUGGGUUCAAAGGUAAACAGCUGUCAGUUGCCGGUUUCUGCAUCGUGGAAUUUCCUUCCUGUUUGUAUCUAUGAAGUUUACAUGUUUGAGCAAAGGCAGGGGUUUCCAUUUCCCACCAUGCCAUAUACUCAAUAUUUGUGGGUUCCAGGUCUUACUUGAUUGCCCUCUUGACCUUUCAGCUCUAACGAUCUUCUCUCCUAUUCCUGUGGAUUCUUAUGUGAGCCCAGACAAAGAAACUUCUGAUUGUUCUGAAUCUGUUUGUCAAAAGAAACAGAAAAUUGAAAAAACCCUUGAUGCAAGCAGUUUAAUACACGCAGAGCCAUGUUAUAGAACUGUUAAAAACUUACAUCUGUAUAAUGUUUCUUUUAUCGACAUUGUGUUGAUCUCAAGUCCGAUGGGUAUACUUGGUUUACCAUUUUUAACUCGCAAUAAGGGUUUCUGUGCCAAGAUAUAUGCAACUGAAGCAACAGCAAGACUUGGUCAGCUUAUGAUGGAAGAUCUUGUUAAAAUGCACAUGGAGUUCAGGCAGUUCUAUGGUCCUGAGGACACUGGUUUCCCUAAAUGGAUGAAAUGGGAAAAUCUUGAAGCGCUUUCAUCAGCACUGAAAGAUAUGGCUUUAGGAAGCAAUGGGGUGGAGCUUGGUGGUUGGAUGCCCUUGUACAGUGCAGCUGAUGCAAAGGAUUGCAUGCAGAAUGUUCAGGCUGUUAAAUAUGCUGAAGAAGCCUGCUACAAUGGCACAUUGAUAAUUAAGGCAUUCAGUUCUGGUCUGGAAAUAGGAGCAUGUAACUGGACUAUAAGUGGUCCAAAAAGAAACAUCACUUGUCUUUCCAGCUCAGUCUUUGUCUCUGCUCAUGCAAUGAAUUUUGAUUUCCAUGCUCUUCAGGGAAGUGAUCUAAUUUUAUAUUCUGAUUUUUCAUUCCUGAAUGUGACGGAAGACCUUGAGGAUGAUAAUUGUUCUGGUCCAUCUACCCACAAUUUCUCAACUCUCGGUGGCAGUGAUACCAAUGAUGAUUGGGAAGAAAUCACUGAAUCUUUGCUUAAUACUGAUGAGAGUUUAGAAGAGAUGGAGAAAUUAGCUUUUAUAUGCUCAUGUGCCAUGGAUUCUGUCAAGGCUGGAGGUUCAGUGCUUAUUCCCAUUGGACGGCCUGGGAUUUUUCUGCAGCUUUUGGAGCAGAUGUCUUUCUCCCUAGAAUCUUUGACUUUGAAGGUGCCCAUAUUUAUUAUCUCUUCUGUAGCAGAAGAAUUAUUGGCAUUCUCCAAUACGAUACCAGAAUGGUUAUGCAAGCAGCGACAAGAAAAACUUUAUUCUGGCGAGCCAUUGUUUGCACAUGUAGAGCUUAUAAAAGAGAAAAAGCUUCAUAUGUUUCCUGCAGUUCUUUCUCAUAAACUAUUAACAAUUUGGCAGGAACCAUGCAUAGUAUUUUGCCCUCACUGGAGCUUGCGGUUUGGACCUGUUGUUCAUUUUCUUCGACGAUGGCGUGGAGAUCAUAACUCUUUACUUGUUAUGGAGGAAGGAGUGGAUGCAGAUUUGGCCCUCUUACCUUUCAAGCCAAUGGCAAUGAAAGUCUUGCAAUGUUCAUUUCUAUCUGGAAUAAAGUUGCAGAAAGUUCAACCUUUGCUGAAGACAUUACAGCCAAAGUUUGUCUUGGUCCCUGAAAAUUUGAAGCUUUAUUUUGGGUCUUCAAGUCCAAGAGAAUUCUCAUUCAUUCAUUACUGUGAAAACGAAUUGCUGCAUAUACCAAGCUUGAAGGACAGUUCUGAGUUUGAUGUUGCGACAGACUUGGCUUCACAGCUCCAUUGGACAAACGCAAAAAAGAAAAACAUGAAUAUUGCAAGAUUAAAGGGAGAACUUUUUAUGGAGCACAGCAAGCAUCGGCUACUGCCUGGAAAUGAACAAAUAACUUCCUCACAGACGAGGAGGCCACUGCUGCACUGGGGCACGCCUGAUUUGGACAGUCUUCUGACAGCAUUGCAGAAGAUGGGAAUCAGUGGAUCAGUUGAACGAGGCACGGGUGGUGUUGAAUCAGAAAAUGCUUUUAUUGUACGUGUUAUUGAGCCCAACAAGGCUUUGAUUGAAGUCGAUGCAACUAGUACUGUUAUUAGCACUUCUGAUGAGAACUUAGCCUCCCUCAUUUCUGAGGCCAUAUGUAGCUGUUUAAAUGGCAUUUAGUAGAAGGAAAUCCCCUUUUUUCUUAUAUAUUUUAUUUUAGUACUUUCUCUCCAUAUUUUGAGAGAGAUGUAAAAAUUGCAUAUGGUUAGCUCUUUAGUAAUUACUGUUGUAUUGUUACUUGAUGCUCAUUUAGAAAAGCUGGGUUGUUUUAUAUAAACUAGUCAUUUGGUUACA